AGAAUUCGUGUGAACUUGGUGUGUGGAUUGGGCUAGGUUGUCGUCUCUGCAGUCUUCGGUUGCUUUUCCGACUCCGUUCGCUGUUCGUCCGCUGCGAACGUCAGCCGUGUACUCGCCAGCGGUGGUGUGUGUGUGUGUGUGUGUGUGUUUGCUGUUUUUGGCGUGCCCGCUGACUCUACAAGUUUCUCGAGUAGAUACUGCGGUUUCCGGCCGACACCGGCAGCUAUGAAAGCCAGGCGUCGGGUGUUGGGAUGUUGCGCCGUUUAAAACGGCGACGAGCAUGGAAGACUCUCCGGCUCGCCUCAACGGGCGAAACCGUCGGCGGCUGUCAGGUCAGUGAGCAUGCAUUGCAAUUGGUCCCCUGAGCAAGGCAAUAUCAUCAGCGAAUCGCAAGUUACUAAGGUGACUCUACAAACAGCGACAGCAUGCCGGACAACCAUGAUUGCGACUUCGAGCCAGCCCUCGAGUUCGACGACACAGAGCUGGUGCAGACCUCGCUCGGCACCCACGGGACUCUCCCAAUCAAAGCUGCCGAGCCCAACCUCGCGGUGCACCUUGAUCUGAGAGACACAACAUCAUCGGCCAGUGCACGGUCGGGGGCAGCAGCUAAUGGCCGGUACUGCAGCAGCAGCAGCAAGGGUGGCUCCUCGCCCGAGUACCUGGACUCCUCGCCGUCCCUCUCCGAGAGUCUGCUGGAUGACAACAACUAUGAGGCUGUGCUGGGCCUCGACCUUGAACCGCCCCCCGAGCUGUUUCCGCCCGAUGAGGGGCGACGACAGCUGGAGGACUUCAACGACAUCGAGUGCCAUGGCAUCGUCGACAUUGCCGGUGACGAUGCGUAUGGUCGCAAUGUGAUAGUCAUCUCGGCAUGCAGACUGCCACCCCACAAAGAGCUGAACCACCCCAAGUUUCUCAGGUACCUGAUGCACACACUGGAUCAGUUUGUGGAGAGUGACUACACGCUGGUCUAUUUCCACCACGGCCUCAACAGCAAGAACAAGCCAUCUCUUGGGUGGCUGUGGACUGCCUUUCGCGCGUUUGACCGCAAGUACAAGAAGAACCUCAAGGCCCUCUAUCUAGUCCACCCGACUGGCUUCGUCAAGAUACUCUACCAGCUCUUUCGGCCCUACAUUAGUGCCAAAUUUGGAAGGAAAAUCUCUUACGUGAACCACCUGCACGAGCUGAAGCAGCAUGUCCACUAUGACCAGCUGCGCAUACCUGAACAGGUGCUCGAGCAUGACCGCAAGCUCCUGUCCAGUGCGAAGGGGGCGCGGAUCCCACACUCUCACAGCAGUGGCUUCUUCAACCAGGCCGCAACCACAUACCAGCCAACGCAGCAGUUCCGGGCCUCUCUUGAGCACAUCAAGAAGCACAAUAAUGGUGACCCUAUUCCAAAUGUGGUUCGAGACUGCAUCACCUACCUGGACAAUGACAACGCCUUGGAGAUGGAAGGCAUCUUCAGACGUUCUGCCAACACCCAGGUUGUCAAAGCGGUGCAGGCGCUCUUUGACGAAGGCAAGUAUGUCAACUUUGAUGCAUACAAGAAUGUCCAUGUUGCGGCGGUGAUCCUCAAGACCUUCCUGAGGGAGCUAGAGGAGCCUCUGCUGACCUUCGACCUUUAUGAUGAUGUCAUGAGCUUCCAGGAGUUGGACCAGUCUGAGAAGCUGACGCAGGCCCGCUCCUUGCUGCUGGAGCGGCUGCCAGAGGACAACUACGAGCUGCUCAAGUACAUUGUCGAGUUUCUGGCCAAGGUGAUAGACCGGAGUGAUCUGAACAAAAUGACUGCAUCCAACCUCGCGAUUGUCUUUGGCCCAAACCUACUGUGGUCUCGCCAGGAGCAGGCCUCGCUGAGUUCUAUUACCCACAUCAACCAGUUCACCGAGUACAUCCUAAGGAACCAACACCUUCUGUUCAGCAAGUGAGCUCGUGGGUGCAAGCAAGCCACACUGGCUAUAAGUAAGCCGCCAAGUGGCGUCUGCAUGGCAUCUGCCACAAGCAUCGUCUGCUCUGCUAUGUCCAUCCCAAAGAUCUUUGCUCUGCCAAAAUGGAGCUGUAGAACAGCGUCCACACUGCAUCAAUGGAGGAGCAGACAACUGUGCAUCGUCUGCUUUAGAAACAUGCUCCACAUGUCUUCUGCUCCGCUGUUCACACGCUAGACAUUCCACUGCACUGGAACCAAGCUGUGCGUUCCCGCAACAUUGAGUGCUUGUAAAUUUGUCAAUAGAUGAAUGCUUGUUAUUAGUUAAACACCUGAAAUGAAUCUGAAGUGUUCAGUAUAUAAUCUGCAGUGUGUUUGGAGUUUUACUGCCGGAGCGUUAGCAGUUCUCCUAUCGUGUUGCUUGUGAGUAAGACACAAGCUUUGAUUGCUGCUUGACAUUAGCAACAGGUGCCAUGUUGUAGCAUGUUUCUCUGACAUCCAUGCCAUGCUACUGCAAAUCAAUCACUGUGCUCUUUGUGUGACCGGCUGUUCUAGUAGGAUGAAUGAAGCGUGGCAGUUGACAUGUGUGCUGGUAGCAAGGGACAUUGUGUGAAUCUGGUGUCUCAGCAUUCUCUGCUUGUACCGUCCGAGUGGCCAUGCCCACAUGCUCAGUUUAUAGAUUACACAUAAGUUUGUUAGAACCCCUCACUGAAUCUUGUGGUGCAAUGUCGCGGCCUUUACUUAAACAAUUUUCUCUCAUGCAGCAAAAAUAAUGCACAAGCAUAACAGUGUGUGCUCUCUAUCUCUGUAGUGUUUCUCACAAAAGCUCUUAGCUCUUGCUUUUGCGGUAUUGAUUGUU